CGUCAUCAGCAGCAGUCAGCGAGACUAACUGUAGCCAUUAGUAAAGCAAGCAGCUGAGUUGUUAGUUGUUACUGCCAUACUCGUAGACUAACUUACCCAGAAACUUACAUUCCAUCUCCACUGGACUGGACUUGCUUCCAGUGGCAGGCAGAGCUCAAGUAGAUGUACCAUGGCCGCAAUCGCACCCAUUCCGCUACUUCCGCCGCCGCCGUCGCCCUCCACGACCCGACCGCCUUCUGCACUUCUCCUCCGACUGCCACCUGGUAUCUCUCCACCUCUCUCCUUAUCCACUCCUAACCUCUCCAUCGCCACCAACUGCAAAUUCCUCUCCCAUUCGAAAUCCCACCGCCGGAGUCCCCAAAUUUGGAGGACCCUCGCCGCCGCCCAAGAUGCUGCUACCCUUCCACCGCCGGCUGACAUAGUCGCCCCGCUCGAUGCCGCCCAGGAGAUUGUUUCCGACGACGGAGUGAGCACCAUCAUCUCCACCCUUCUCCUCAUCGCUUUUGUUGCCCUCUCUGUUCUCACUGUUGGGGUGAUUUACAUAGCAGUCACAGAUUUCCUGCAGAAGAGGGAGAAGGACAAAUUUGACAAGGAAGAAGCAGCCAAGAAGAAGAGAGGUGGGAAGGGCAAGAAGGUCAAGGCCAGAGCAAGAGCUGGUCCUAGAGGCUUCGGCCAGAAGAUCGAUACUGAAGAUGAAUUUGCUGAUGACGAUUAGCAUAAUUUUUCCCCCUUUGCACAAGUUAUGGAUUGAUUGAUGUACUUUCCUGAAACUCAAUUCGAUUUCGAAUACCAUCAAACCCACAGUCUCAUGCUGCUGGAUUCAACAACGUUGUAGUUUCCAGAUGCGAAUUUCGACGACUGAAAUGCAAAAUGCAGCAAGUAGAUAUGAACAAGAAGAUAGAAACUAGGGAUACAUUGCCAUUGAAAGAGCCAAGAAAACUGCACUAGGCGUCGAGACUAAACAUUAACAGCUCUCAUUCUCAACCAA